UAGUUGUUUUGCAGCAGAAAAAUUCCAGUGUGCGCGUGCGUUUUAAAUAAUACCGCCAGCAAAGGAAUAGAACUCGCGUUAUGAGUACUGCUGCUGGAACCUGUGUCGAUAUCCUCGAUGAAAUCGAAAUCAAAACAGAACCACCGGAGCAAGAGGAUGGUGUGCUGAUAGAAUCGCCUCAGGAACAUAUCUUCUUGCAGCCAUUCAUACCAAGUUUUCGUGCAUCGUUAAGAGCCCCCAAUACAGAUGAGCAGUUCAUUAUCAGCGAGAUCGAUACGGAGGACGAUUCCGAUUCGGCGGGCCGACCACGCGUCCUAGAGGUGAUCAACGUACGGUACCAACGUACGGCUUCUUCGAACAGCGCACGACAAACCCCAGCAGGAUCUGCAGGCAUCGUCGGGGGUAGCGCCACAAGGAUGGACCCCACGGGCGUAACGAUAUCGGCGAGGCAAUCGCUAAACCCCAGUCCAUCGGACGCGACGGUGUACAAAUGCGGUAACUGCGGCAAGGAACUGCACCGGUCAGCGUGGCAGGAACACUUUGCGUUCCACAAUGGGGUAGCGUUCCGCGAGGGCAUCGAUGAGCCGAUCGAUCUGAAGGACGUGAAAGCGGUCGGGAAUGCCAUAUACCGGUUUAUGAAAACCAACCGACGGUCGGAGGUCAUCUGCGAGAAGUGUAGCCAGGUGAAGAAGUCGCACUUGGGCAUGGCGUCCCAUUUGCGAACGUGUGGGAUGCCGAAGGAGGCCAUAGAGGCGACCAAGGUGACCUGCGAGCACUGCGGACGAAAGAUGAAGGCCGUCAGCUUUGCGACUCAUCAAUCGUUGCACUGUCACGUUCUACGGGAGCAGCGUUUAAAGGAGGCCGCCGAGCAGGCUCCAGCACAGCCGGUGCUUUCCAGCGGCCCUAGCGGAGAUGAAGCUACUCAACUGACGGCGAGCGGAAGAAAGAAGCGUCGAUCCGUUAAGUGUGCCGAAAAAAAGAUAAGAAAGCUUGCACGAGAAACGAUUGAAGAACCAAAGCAGCUACUCAUAAAAGUUACAAACCGUAUGAUAAGCAAGGGUUUGCUAAUCAGCUGGCUGAAGGACAUGAAGAACACGGGGCAGACGACCUGCAGGCACAAGGGCUGCUUCUUUGUCGGAACGUCCGAGGAAAUAAUGAGAAGCCACAGUAAACUCUGUCCCUACGCCGCGAGUACGGCACCAUUCUACGAGUGUGCAAUAUGCCAGCAUCAGGAGGCGAACCAGAUGCGAAUGUACGACCAUGUACGCCAGGUGCAUCAGAUGGAAUUGGGCUCCGUGCAAAACGUACCGAGCGACAAUGAAAGCGACACAAAUGUUGCGUUUGACAGUGAAAUGCGAGACGAUGGUGCGAGCAGUAGCUCCGACAUGGAUGCAACGAUCAAAGAAGAAGACCUCGAAGACGCAGACGACGAUGGAAAGUGGAAACGAAAGCAACCGGCGAAAAAGGGCGCUCCUAAGAAUGCUAAGGCUACGAAACGAUCGAAAAAUCGAGCCUCAGACGGGGAUGAGGCUCUGAACGAGACGUCUGUGUUGGCCGACGAGGGAGAAGUGUACAAAGAAAUGGUCCAGGCUGAAGCCGCCGAGCUGAGGGCGCAGCGGAAUAACAUCCAGUUCACCACCAUCCAGUGGAUGUUUAAGUUUCAUCGGGAACACUACGGCAGCCGGCAGCUAUUCCCGCAGCUUCAACCCGAUGUGGACGUUCGCUUCCUGCAGAUGCUCGCCAUCCGUGAAUACCUUCCGCGCUCGGUCCAUUCGCUUCGGUUUCAGCGACGCUACGCCAAGCUCUACGGUGAGCCGUACAAAUUGCGAGCGUCCGACAAUUGGCGCCAGCUGUUCACUUUUCAAGGCGAGGUGCUCGAUGGUGAGCCGAUUUUUUACUGUGGUGGCCCCGUGACGGCUCUCGAUUGGUUGCCCAUCCCAAGCGACGAGGGUGAUGACGCAGCGAUGGAUCAGAUUCUAGCCAUCGCCUGCAAGUCCGGUUUCGACGAUUAUUACACGUGCGAGCAGCUAUCGUCAUCAGUGCCGCGCAAAUGUCUGAUUCAGAUCUGGAACGUGGGACCGUUGCGGAAUGCCAGAGAAAGCAAUCCGGCAACUCCCCGAUGCCCGCAGCUGUCGUUUGCCAUUGCGUGCGAUUUUGGCCCCAUCUGGCAGCUGUCCUUCUGCCCGAGCGGAUGUUACAACGAACUCGAUCGGGGCGACAGUUUCGACCGGCUGGGGCUGCUCGCAGCGACCGGCUCCGAUGGUGACGUGUACGUUUACGCCCUCAAUCGUAGUAUGGUGAGCGCCCGGAUCGAGCUCCCGGACACCAAACCGACACCUCGCAUCGUACACCUCCAACCGGUGUUGCGGCUUUCGCUCACCGUGCACCACCGAUCCCCCUUCGGUGACACGAACGCUGCCCACCAUAGCUUCACCGGUCACGGCGUAAUGAAAAUUACGUGGUCCCGCGCGAAAGGCCACACUGUGUUUGCAGCCGGUUACUCGAACGGUGCCGCCGCGGUGUGGAAGCUGACCGAGGCCAGCUUUAGCUCGGCCAUACUCGGCACACUGAAGGAUGGCAUUCGAACGUUGCUGCCCACGCACAAGAUAUUGAACGCUACCACCGGCAGUGUGUCGGCGAUUGAUGUGCACUAUGGACAGGGCUCGCGCUAUCUGGCCGUCAGCAAUACCGACCGGCGGUUGAAGGUGUACGAUCUGCACAGUGGCCACCAUCAGCCGCUCGAGGUGCUCAGCAUGCUGUCGCGCAGUCGCAUCACGGCCAUGCGUUGGAUGCUACACUACCCGGUGCUGGUAUUCGUGUAUGAUGACGUCUUCUUGACGGACCGGGUGGGCUACACAGUUCACCAACCGCGCGAGAUUGGGCUCAGAACUAUGCCGCUGCUCACGCUUGGUACGGAAGCGACCGAUCUGGCCCUAAACGAAUGGAUCAGCACGAACGCGAUAACCACGGACGGUGGGGACGUAGUGUGCCAUAAGCCGAUUCCGUUCGUUACCGGUAUCCCUGCCAAGAAUUUUGGACAACUACUUACAAUGACAAACUCCGUCGGAAUUAGCAACGUCGACACCGAUGGGCUGGAUCUGUCCUCCUACGAAGCUUUCGCAAACAAUUUCGCGCUGGUUUUCUCCGACACAGAUAAGAAUCCCUCACAAUCGGAUCGGAAGUCGCUGCAGAUAAAAUCAUUUCGCCGCGGAAACAUCGCCCAGUAUCCGGGGGUCCGGUUGAACCAGAUUCGAUGGAAUCCGAACAGUUCCUCGUUUCUGUACUAUGCCAUCGGCUACCAGGCUGGAUUCGUGCGUGUUCGCAAAAUACAAGUUUAGGAUUAGUUAUGCGGGUAAGGUGGCGAGUGUACAGAAAUAGGGGCUUGUGCUAGCACCGUGUUUGAGAUGAUCAUUCCAAAUGCGCAGUGAAGUCGAUUUAGUCUCAUUUCCAAUUUUAAUUUUCGAAUAAGGAAUGAAUAAAGUUUCAUUUUAUUU